GACCAGGAGGAGCUCGGCUUUGCGGCAAUAACCUUUUGUAAAAUAGAUGGGGGCCUCUGUAACCCCGAAACUUGGCCAAGCGUCCAGCUCAUCCUUUACUAACCCAACGAGGUCCUCGGCCUUCACAUUGCCACAUACCCUCCCACCUCACUGAAUAUAGAUGCGUAGAUUCGCAGCAAACUAAAGCAUACCCUCGACGUGCAUUAUCAGAGAUCCAUCACGCCCAAAAGCCUUCACGCGCUGAAAGCUAGUACUUUCCAAAGCAGCAUCACUGCCAAGACGUUCCAGUCGCUUCCAUGAGCUCAGUAGGGCGCCAAUCCCUCUCGCGCAUCUUGCUGGUCUUCCUUGCCACCGCUUGCAUCUUCUUCGUAUUGAAGCAAAGUCGGGUUGCGUUUUCAAUCAUGUCAACGGAUCCCCUGUCGCGCCUGGCGGUGUCAGUUCGGAAGUCGGCUUCCCAUACUCUGACCUUCAGUGUGACCAACAACCAUGAUGCACCCAUCACGAUCCUGAAAUGGGAAACCCCCCUCGACCCAUUGGCGCUGAAGGUCGGAAAAGUGAAGCUGUUCGCGCCCGCAGAUAGCAAUGACGCACUGGACUUUCCCACCAUCCAAGUUCGUCGAAAGAUGCCUCCAGGGCAGGAUCAGCUUGUCACCAUCCUGCCCGGAGAUACGAAAGAGAGCUCGGUGGAGCUCGAUGUCCCUUUCUUCCCGGUCGAUCAGCUCAAGGGUGACGUGAAGAUCACCUGUCAGGGAAGGUGGGUGAGCGCAUGGCAAAAGACAGCGGACGAGAUCUCCCCCAAGGAGCUGGAGGAACUGAAUGCGGGAGACGAGGCACUUUCUGGGGAAUAUGAGAUGGUACCCGUAACAGUAAAUUUCUAAGUACGGUAGCGCUGGUUUCUCAUCAACAAAGCAACAUUGGCGUUCCAACUCAGCUAGGCUAUAUUAUACAUAUUGCAACCCUAGCUACACAUAUCAAGCCAUUCCUUGCCCGCCUGGCCGUUGUGCACUGAAUCAUAGGUCGUUCCCUCCCGCAAUGCCAACCACUCAUCAAAUAAGUGAAGAUACAGAACUGACAUUUUAUAGUCUUCCUCUAUCAAUGAUUAUAUAGCACUGUUAACUAUGCUAAGAGUCGGCAGCGAGUUCUUGCAGCUUUGCUUUAACCACAUUUGCGAUCUCGAGAUUGUUAGUUUCCAAAUACAAGAAGUGGCCAUUGCCAAGAAUUCCAAUAUCCUCCAACUUGAUCCAUUCGUAGGGUACUUGAGUUUGAUUCAAGUAAAGAGCCACGCAAUGGUCAUACGUGAUGUGCGGACUGGCGCUCCCGGUGUACAUGAUGAAAGGAACUUUGGCGAUCUCAG